AACAUGGUGGUGAAUCUUUUUAUAAAAUGAACCCUAUACUUUGAACUGCUUAAAUAUAUAGUGGGUUAAAUGGAGUAUAUUUAUUAACAAGGGAACAUAGAGACGAGGAGUAAUAAGGUUUUUUUUUUAAAGGUUAAUUACUAAGGGGUUUGUAUAGAUGGAUUUUAAGAUGACUUCUGAAGGAACAACAAAGGUAGGUGGGAGAAGUUAGUAGAGUUGGUGGGAAAGUUUGAGGAGGGUGUAAAAAUUAUCAGAUUGGUUCCUGAGUAUAAUAGUUACUGUGCAGCAGUAGUCACCUGCUUUUACCUUGGUUCCACAUGAAGACACAGGUUUUACUUGUGCAUUUCUUAAGGUCUCUUUCUGCCCUGGACUAGACUAGAGAUUGGCCAUGGGUCCUUAUACAGUUCUGACAUUAUUAUGUGGACUUGGUAGCUUAUGUUGGAACAAAUGGAGGGAGGAAAUUAGAGGGAAAAAGAGGGAGGAACAUUUUUCUGCCUUUGAGGAUUCAAGGGAUCAGGGAAACAUGACAUUUUAAGCUUUCAGUUCUAUACCUCACUAAAUCUAGCUUUCCUUUCACUGAAGCGUUAUGGAUCUUUCAGAGGAAAGGGGCCUGCCCUGUCUCAAGCCACCUGUGACACAUGGCCCCUGACAACUGUACCUGUGGGGAGGGUUUUGAUUGUCACACUGGAGAAUAUGGGAGAGCUUCCCCUCCCCUGCCCCCAUUUGUAGACAUGGGGAUGCUUCCAUUGCUUUGUGUGCUGUUGAAUUUUCUCCUCCCUCUUUGUUUUCCCUAAGCUAAGCUCUAAGCUAAUUCUGUACAAAAGAAAUACUGAUUGUUUUUGUAAAUUGCUUGCCAUUAAUGCCUGAAAAUAUGCAGUAAAAUAGGAUUCUGCAUACCAUUAAAUAUGUCAAAUAUUACAAACUUGAAGGUUCUUUUGAAAUUACAAUACUAAACUCAGUUCACUUUUGCUUAGCCUUCACAGUUGUUGAUCACAUAGCAUGGUCAUCCACUCACAGCUUAAAAAAAUACAGGGAGCAUCGGAGAGAAUGGGUUCAAUGUAUCUAUGCCUGCCUACUUCAAUCUGCAAGGGAGUGUCAGAAAGGCCCCGCAUUCGCCGAGCCGAGAUACUACUCGUCAGCGAAUCAAAUUCAGUGAUGACAGAGUAUGCAAGAGUCACCUUCUCAAUUGUUGCCCCCAUGAUGUCCUUUCUGGAACUAGAAUGGAUCUUGGAGAAUGUCUAAAAGUCCAUGACCUGGCUUUAAGAGCAGAUUAUGAAAUUGCAUCCAAAGAACAAGACUUUUUCUUUGAACUUGAUGCCAUGGAUCAUCUGCAGUCAUUCAUUGCAGAUUGUGAUAGAAGAACAGAAGUGGCUAAGAAAAGGUUAGCAGAAACUCAAGAAGAGAUUAGUGCUGAAGUGGCAGCAAAGGCAGAACGUGUUCAUGAGUUAAAUGAAGAAAUUGGUAAAUUGUUAGCCAAGGUGGAACAACUAGGAGCAGAAGGAAAUGUGGAAGAAUCCCAGAAAGUAAUGGAUGAAGUAGAGAAAGCACGGGCAAAGAAGAGAGAGGCAGAGGAAGUUUAUCGGAAUUCUAUGCCGGCUUCCAGUUUCCAACAGCAGAAGCUUCGAGUCUGUGAAGUCUGCUCUGCCUAUUUAGGUCUUCAUGAUAAUGAUAGACGACUGGCUGAUCAUUUUGGGGGUAAACUGCACCUGGGAUUUAUUGAAAUAAGAGAGAAACUUGAAGAAUUAAAGAGAGUUGUAGCUGAGAAGCAGGAGAAAAGAAACCAAGAACGCCUGAAACGAAGAGAAGAAAGGGAGAGAGAAGAAAGGGAGAAGCUGAGGAGGUCCCGAUCACAUAGCAAGAAUCCCAAAAGAUCCAGGUCCAGAGAGCAUCGCAGACAUCGGUCUCGCUCCAUGUCACGGGAGCGCAAGAGGAGAACUCGAUCCAAAUCUCGGGAGAAGCGCCAUCGCCACAGGUCCCGCUCCAGCAGCCGCAGUCGCAGCCGUAGCCACCAGAGAAGUCGGCACAGUUCUAGAGAUAGGAGCAGAGAACGAUCCAAGAGGAGAUCCUCAAAAGAAAGAUUCAGAGACCAAGACUUAGCAUCACGUGACAGAGACAGGAGUUCAAGAGACAGAUCACCUCGUGACAGAGAUCGAAAAGAUAAGAAGCGGUCCUAUGAGAGUGCUAAUGGCAGAUCAGAAGACAGGCGGAGCUCUGAAGAGCGCGAAGCAGGGGAGAUCUAACUAGCGGUGUACAUAUCUUCAAUCCUUAAGCUUCCCAUGGAGUUACAUACAUUGUUUAGUUUACAGCUGUUCAGGUUGACAGUGAGCAGAUCCAGACACCGAUCCAGCUAGGCUAGAUGGACAGUAUCUAACUUGAUCUGAACUGAACCUGUUUUCCUUGAUAUGAAGCCUAAAAAUACAUCCAUAGUUUCUGGUGAACCUGUAAUACAAUUCUGAAAGUACCGUUUUAUAUAAUAAGACACUGAUCUCUUUAUUCUUUCAAGUAGGAGUGAUAGUGAACAAAUUGUGUUAUUUGCCUUGGGAUUUUUUUGAACAUUUGUAAAAUGCUGUCUUCCUUUCUAGUCUAAACAGCAGCAGCUUUGGGAAUUGUUCUUUUUAAUUUUUCUUCCUCUGACUUUUGUAUCCCGUAUUACCUGCACCCUCCAAUCGUUAAGAGAAAAGGGGACAGGGAAGCAAUAUAGCUUCUGUUCUAAGUAAGGCUCUAUUCCCAUUAUUAACUUGCUGAUUACAGUUCAGAGCAUUUAUACUGGAAUGUGUGCUGGAGAAAUUGAUAAUACUGGGGUUUUGUGUUUGUGUAACGGUGCCUAUUUAGAGUUGGAAAUUGAACAGCUGUUGUAUUACAUACUUUUUGCUUUUUUAUUGAAAUUUUUGAAAUCAAACUUGUCUUGAUUUUUCUGUUCUAUUGAAUUGCUAUGUUCAGGAUGUUCUGUGGGGGUGGGGGCAGGGACUUUUUCGUAAUAAGCACUCGUUUUAUUUUGUGUGUGUGGAGUAUAAAGGCUACACCCUUAUUGUAAAAAAUAAUAAUAAAAUGAAAGAAACAAUCACCACCAUUAUUAAACUAACUCGUCUAGUACAUUGUCACUAGAACUAUUUGCUGUGGGCAUUUCCUCUAUUCUGUUACAUCAUUAACCGUGCCUUACUGUGCAAGGCACUAAAGGAAAUAAAUAUGUACUUGCAAAGAUUCCGGAUGAGCUGUUGCUCCACCUGGUCUCCUUGCUGACUGUAUUCCAGCCACUUCAGGGUUGUCUGUAACAACCACUGCAGAGAGGGACUGGACCUGCAGAAGAAAUUGGGGCAGUUUUGUUUUUCUUCUCAUUCAACAAACCUAAAUAAAAACAGUGUACAUGUAACCAA